AUGUUAUAUAAGAAAUUGAACCCACCAAAAGCGAAAGCUUAUAUUUUCAGAACGAGGAGGCGAAGAAAACCCAGAAACAAAUCGAAAGGUAUCACCAUAGCUGAUAAAAUAAAAAAAUAAAAGAAAAAGUAAAAGGUAGAGAUAGAGGCAUACGCAACAAUGGUGGCUGGCAAGAAGGAGAUGAUUCCCCAACAGCAUGACCUCGAUGCCAGAUGGGACGCCUGCCUUGAUCUUACCGUCCGUCGCUUCGUCUACUCCUCAUUUGCCGGUGCAUUCGGCGGUCUCCUAUUUUUCAUAACCUCAAAGCUAUUGCCGUCACUACUCACUAGUACCCGCCUGUUGUGUUGUACUAGUAAUACAAGCGCAACAAUCCCAAUCACUCCUACAACUUUGAAACAGUGCAAUUCUUUACCCCACGCGAAACUGUUGCAUCAGCAAAGCAUCGUUCAAGGUGUUGUCCAGUUGGUGGUGACCAACCUCAUUGGCACAUACAUAGCCUGCAAUUCUGCUUCGAACGCCAUUUUGCUUGUGGAGCGCCUCACGCCGUCACUAUCCUCCGUUUUCUGGUGGAAUAAACUCAUAAGGCGCGCCCUUCAUAUUGGAAUCCCUCGUGACGUGUUCUCUCUCUACCGUCGCAUGAAAUCACUCGGCUGGACCCCAGACCACUACACCUUCCCAUUUGUUUUCAAAGCUUGCGCCGAAUUCCCUUCUGUCUCCCUCGGUGCUUCGCUCCAUGCUACCGUUUGUCGCUCCGGCUUUGCCUCCAAUGUAUUCGUUUGUAAUGCUGUUGUUGCUAUGUACGGCAAAUGUGGUGCACUCCAUCAUGCACACAACAUGUUCGAUGAUUUGUGUCAGCGAGGCAUUCAAGACUUGGUUUCUUGGAAUUCUAUUGUGUCUGCUUAUAUGUAUGCUUUCGAUGCAAAUACUGCACUUGCGUUGUUUAGUAAAAUGACUACACUUCAUCGGAUAUCCCCGGACGUUAUCAGCCUAGUUAACAUACUUCCAGCUUGUGCUUCCCUGGCUGCCUCGUUGCGCGGCAAACAGGUUCACGGGUUUGCUAUUAGAAGCGGAUUGGUGGAUGAUGUUUUCGUAGGGAACGCUGUGGUUGAUAUGUAUGCCAAGUGUGGCAGGAUGGAGGAAGCAAAUAAGGUUUUCCAGAGGAUGAAGUUUAAAGAUGUUGUUUCUUGGAAUGCCAUGGUCACCGGCUAUUCUCAAGCAGGAAGAUUGGAGCAUGCUCUUUCUUUGUUCGAGAAGAUGCGCGAGGAAAACAUCGAAUUAGAUGUUGUGACGUGGACUGCUGUUAUCACAGGGUAUGCGCAGAGAGGGCAAGGUUGUGAAGCUUUGGAUGUGUUUAGGCAGAUGUUGAACUCUGGUUCUCGUCCAAAUGUAGUUACUCUCGUGUCCUUGCUUUCAGCUUGUGCGUCUGUUGGAGCAUUGCUUCAUGGGAAAGAAACUCAUUGUUAUGCCAUCAAAUUUAUUCUUAACUUAGAUGGACAAGAUCCUGGGGAUGAUGAUUUGAAGGUGAUUAAUGGUCUAAUUGACAUGUAUGCUAAAUGCCAAAGUACAGAAAUUGCUAGAAAAAUGUUUGAUUCAGUAUCCACAAAAGAUAGGGACGUGGUUACCUGGACUGUGAUGAUUGGCGGGUAUGCCCAGCACGGUGAUGCCAAUCAUGCCCUACAACUUUUCUCUGAGAUGUUUCAAACGGAUAAGUCUAUCAAGCCUAAUGAUUUUACUUUAUCAUGUACCCUUGUGGCCUGUGCUCGUUUAGCAGCAUUGAGGUUUGGGAGGCAAAUUCAUGCUUAUGUGUUGCGCAAUUGCUAUGAUUCUGUUAUGCUAUUUGUGGCUAAUUGUCUUAUAGACAUGUAUUCCAAAUCUGGAGAUGUCGACACCGGUCAAAUUGUUUUUGACAACAUGCCACAGAGAAAUGCAGUCUCUUGGACGUCUUUAAUGACUGGAUAUGGCAUGCAUGGACGCGGUGAAGAUGCUCUUCGGGUUUUUGGUGAAAUGAGGGAAGUGCCUCUAGUGCCUGAUAGCAUAACCUUCCUUGUUUUGCUUUAUGCUUGUAGUCAUUCGGGAAUGGUGGAUCAUGGAAUCGACCUCUUUAAUAGAAUGAGCAAGGAUUUUGGGGUAGAUCCUGGACCAGAGCAUUAUGCUUGCAUGGUUGAUCUCUGGGGUCGUGCUGGUUGUUUAGGUGAAGCUAUGAAGCUCAUUAAUGAAAUGCCUAUGGAACCAACCCCAGUAGUGUGGGUUGCCUUGCUUAGUGCUUGUCGGCUACAUUCAAAUAUAGAACUUGGGGAAUUUGCUGCAAACCGUUUGUUAGAAUUGGAAUCCGGGAAUGAUGGGUCAUACACAUUGCUUUCAAACCUAUAUGCUAAUGCUAGACGCUGGAAAGACGUGGCUAGGAUUAGAUAUAUGAUGAAACGUUCUGGAAUCAAGAAAAGACCUGGUUGCAGCUGGGUCCAAGGAAGGAAAGGCGUUGCAACCUUUUUCGUGGGAGACAGAUCUCAUUCACAAUCUCAGCUGAUAAAUGAAACACUUGCAGACUUGAUUCAACGCAUUAAAGCCAUUGGGUAUGUUCCUCAGACAAGCUUUGCUCUUCAUGAUGUAGAUGAUGAAGAAAAGGGUGACCUGCUUUUUGAACACAGUGAGAAGUUGGCUCUUGCCUAUGGCAUCCUAACAUUACCUCCAGGUGCACCUAUUCGAAUAACCAAGAAUUUACGCAUCUGUGGUGAUUGCCACAGUGCCAUAUCUUACAUUUCCAAGAUUAUUGAACAUGAGAUCAUACUAAGAGAUUCAAGUCGCUUCCAUCAUUUCAAAAACGGAUCAUGCUCAUGCAAAGGGUACUGGUGACAACAAAAUCAACUGAUUCCAUUUAAUUUGACAUGUUUGCUUUGAGAGAGGUAAGGUAAUUAUCUUAUUCUACUACACUCAUUAGAAAAGUGAAGUUAUCUUUAUCGAUAGAAGGAACUACGGAUGGUCAGAAUUAACUGAGUUGAACUGGCAGAUAACUGAACUAAUUAAAUUGAAAAAAAAUUGAACUGUUUAGGAUAAAAAUUGAAUUGAACUAUUUUAUAGUUCAGUUUUAAAAAUCCAAACUUCUAAAGUUGAUGUUCGGUGCACCGCCAAAUUCAAUUGUAUUACUUACUGCUGGAAAAAUAAAUGGCAGGCCGCUUUUUGGCUUCACUCUGCACUCACUUUUUGCUCAAUGAACAGAAACAAUACUUUGCUAGAUUUGAAUGAAAUUUGCAAACCCUAAAUCCCCUAAUUAGCACAACGACGCAGGCCCCGUAAGAUCCAGUAAAAUAAGUGAUGUGGUAUAAUCUGAAUUAUAUCUUAUGUAUUUCACUAAACUUACAUAGUAUGAAAUUGCAUUUAUUUCUUAUGCAUUUCUUCGAUUUUUUAUAUUAUCGGAGUCAAAAAAAGUGGAUUUAUUGGAUCUUUUUUCUUUUCAUUGAAUCGUAGCUUAAAUUUGUGCCAAGGUUUUAGACGAAAAGGAAAUAAGAUUUUUAUUUGAAUACCAUCUGUUAACCAUUUUUGGGGAAAUUCUCUUUCAGAUAAUGGAAUUAUAUGUACAUUUAAUAUAGAUUUCUCUCUUCCAAUCCCUAAAAUCUAUCUCUUCUUUUGUUCACUGUUCACUGCUUUGUGAGAGACUGUUCGAAUAUAUUUAGUAUACCUUUAAUUAUCUUUGAAUAUCUUGUGUAUGUUGUUAAAUCUAUUAGUCACCUAAUUGAGCAAGCAUUUUUAGAGCUGUUUACUGAUUUUGCUUGGGCUUUCAUUUGUUUGAGAAUUUUUUUUCUAUUUACGAUUUCUGUUUUUACUGUUUCCUGUUUUCAUUUUUCAAUGUUUCGUAUAGGAAAAAGUGAAAAUGAAAAUAGAAAACAAUAAAGUGUUUCCUCUGUUUCCCAUACAAACUUUUGAAAAUUAGAAACAAAGUGAAAAUACAAAACUUUUUUUCAAAUCAAAUGGCUCUUUAUAUUUCUGAUUUUUUUCUCCUUAUUUUAUUUGAUUACUUGGUCUUUCUUGGUGGACCUGGGAUUGCACUUGUGGUUCUAGUACUUGAUCUAAUUAUAGUAUAAAUAAGAGUAUUAUGUUGGGGUAUCGUAAAGAUUACAUCCUAUCAAGAAAAUAUUCACUAAUAUUAUUGUUAGACAUCUUUCUCUUGUUUCCUUCUUCCCUUACCCUAAACCUAUACUUUUUAUUAAAAUGAUAAUUUAAUUGAUUAGAUUGAAGCGGAGGUAAAAACUGCUCAACAUCAAUUUUUUGUUUUCUUAGUCAAUAAAACUCUAUCAAUUAGCAUAUUAAUGGAGCUCCUAAAAAAUAACAUACUUUUUUGGCUUAAAUAUGUUCAAGGUUCUUGAAAAUAUGAUGACCUUUUAAGUCCUUACCAUUUUUCUUUUUUGGUUUGUGAUUCUUCCAAUGUUUGUUGUCACUUGUCAGUUGUCACUUGUUUUGGUUCCUGCCAUUAAUUUGCCCUAGAAAAAUGUUUUAUGCUCCUGCAAAUAUAGCAGUUUUGUUUUUAUGUUCUUGCAAAAUAUAGCAAUUUUGUUCUUAGUCCCUGCAAAUUUAGUUUUUUUUUUUUAAGUUCAUGCCAUUAUGUCCCACAAACUAUCGUGGUUUCUUUUGUUUACCAUGUCUUUGCUCUCGCAGAUUUGGAUGAAAAUUGUUUAACUAUAUUUAUCUACAAUCCCCUGCAUUUUUUUUUUU